GCUAAGGGAGGAGUUGUGGAUGGUCUGGUUCUUCUGCACGGGCUUUUAAGUUAAGUCCCGCUCUCCUUAGGCUAGGAGCACUGUACGUUUUUCUCCCUGGAUCCUUCUCAUUUGUACGGUGCCCCCCCUUCUUCGUAGUUUCAAGCUACGGGAGCUUUUGGGCGUGUAAUUUCUGCUUUCCCUCAAUUCAAUACUCGCGCUUCAAUCUCGGUACUCAUGGCUCUUGUAGCUGGUGUCAUCCGUCGGCUAGAUGAGACUGUAGUGAAUCGCAUUGCAGCCGGAGAGAUCAUCCAGCGACCGGCUAAUGCCAUUAAAGAGAUGAUCGAGAACUGUUUAGAUGCUAAAGCCACCAACAUCCAGCUGUCAAUUAAAGAUGGUGGUUUGAAAUUUAUUCAGGUACAAGAUAAUGGUUCUGGAAUUAGGAAGGAAGACUUGGAUAUUGUGUGUGAAAGAUUCACUACAAGUAAACUGCAGACUUUUGAUGAUUUAGCUAGAAUUUCAACAUAUGGAUUUAGAGGAGAGGCAUUGGCUAGUAUAAGUCAUAUUGCUCAUAUUACUAUAACUUCUAAAACAGCUGACGGAAAAUGUGCCUACAGGGCAAAUUACUCUGAUGGAAAACUGAAGAGUGUUCCAAAACCUUGUGCAGGAAACCAAGGAACUCAGAUCACAGUUGAAGAUCUAUUUUACAAUGUAGCCACCAGGAGAAAAGCUUUUAAAAAUCCUUGUGAAGAAUAUGCAAAAAUACUGGACGUUGUCAGCAGGUAUGCCAUUCACAAUUCUGGCAUCAGUUUUUCUGUUAAAAAGCAAGGUGAUACAGUUGCAGAUGUAAGAACACUGUCAAGUAAUACAGCUAUCGACAAUAUUCGGUCUGUCUUUGGAAAUGCUGUUAGCAGAGAAUUGAUUAAAGUGGGCUGUGAAGAUGCAACAUUGGCUUUUAAAAUGAAAGGUUUGGUAACAAAUGCAAAUUAUUCCAUGAAGAAGUGUAUCUUUUUACUUUUUGUAAAUCAUCGAUUGGUAGAGUCAGCUGCCUUGCGCAGAGGGCUAGAGACUGUAUAUGCUGCUUAUUUACCCAAAAACACGUAUCCAUUUUUAUAUAUAAGCCUUGAGAUUGCACCUCAGAAUGUGGAUGUGAAUGUGCAUCCUACAAAGCAUGAAGUUCAUUUUCUCCAUGAAGACAGCAUCCUGGAGCAUGUACAACAACAUAUAGAGAGCAAAUUGUUAAGUUCCAAUUCAUCGAGGAUGUAUUUCACUCAAACAUUGUUACCAGCCAUUGCCAUCUCUUCCACUGAAGUUGUUAAAUCAACAAAAUCAGCUAUUCAAGGAAGUGAGCAGGUUUAUGCUCAUCAGAUGAUCCGCACUGACUCACGGGAGCAAAAAUUGGAUGCUUUUCUUCAACCAGUUAUUAAAACUAAGAAUGCAGAGCUUGUUGUGGCAGAACUAGAGGACAAUAGCAAUAUUCAAAGUUGCAAGACUACUGGAGUACAAGAUGUUGAAAUGGAAGAAUGUGAUGAUUUGAGUGCAAGUAUUUCAAGAACUGAAGAGACACUGAAAGGAUCAGUGGAAAGCCAAUCAAUGCCUGUUGAGGCAGUAUCUGAAAGAAAGAGACAGCGAACAGAUCAUGGUCUUGAAAUGGAAAAAAAUCCACAACAGGAAAUGGCUGCUGCCUGCACUACAAGAAGAAGAAUUAUUAAUUUAACCAGUGUAUUGACUCUUCAAAAAGAUAUUAAUAGUAGGGCAAAUGCAAGUCUUCAAGAGAUGCUUCGUGAUCAUUCCUUUGUUGGAUGUGUUAGUCCUCAAUGGGCACUGGUUCAGUAUCAGACAAAACUUUAUCUUCUGAAUACCACAAAACUCAGUCAAGAAAUGUUCUAUCAGAUCCUUAUUUAUGACUUUGGAAACUUUGGAGUUUUAAGAUUAUCAGAAGCAGCUCCUCUCUUUGAUCUGGCUAUGUUGGCCUUGGAGAAUGCUGAAAGUGGUUGGACAGAAGAAGAUGGUCCAAAGGAAAGCCUUGCUGAAUAUAUUGUUGACUUCCUAUCAAAGAAGAGUGAAAUGCUAAAAGACUAUUUCUCCCUUGAAAUUGAUGAAGGAAAUCUUACUGGACUGCCACUUCUGAUUGAUAAUUAUGUUCCUCCACUGGAAGGGCUACCUAUGUUUAUCCUUCGUUUGGCCACAGAGGUAAACUGGGAUGAAGAAAAGGAGUGUUUUGAUAGUCUUAGUAAAGAAUGUGCCAUGUUCUACUCUAUUAGAAAGCAGUAUAUAAUGGAAGAUUCUGGUCUCACUUUUCAACAGGAUGUAGUUUUUUCUUCAGGAGGGGACAUCUGUCAGCUUUGGAAACCAUAUUAACAGCAGAAGCUUCCACGCUGCCACAUUCCUGUGCCUGGGAAAUUGGGAGGGGGGAUUUCAUGGAGCGUAUGUAGUUAGACAUAAUAGCAUCCUUCUUUCGGUCAAGGUCAUGGUCUUCCUGCACCUGGAUGAGGAGUGGUUUAAGGGGUAUCUCGAGUUGGGGCAGAUGGUGAUUGGACCAUAUGAUGAUCUGAUGGAUGCGGAGUGUGAAUUUGGCUUUUUGAAUUACUGAGGGAAAGCCCGGAACUGUCAAAUUCAGGUUUUCCCAGAUGUGUCAGUAUGACAACUCUAAUAAAGUGGAACUUUGAGAAAAUGCCUGUCUCAGAGUUUUUGAUUGGAGUUUGGUUUUGCUGGAACGCUGACAUUAGAUUACUACUUAAUCCAACUAAUCCAAGGUACAAUAAUUCUGCAUAUUCAGCUAAAGAUCUAUGAACAGUAAAGAAACAAGGAGCAUAUACAACUUAUAAAACUGAUAGUCUGAAUUCAAGUAUCUAAGCCAGAUGUUUGUUACUGAUAAAAACACUUCUUUCCCAUCUGAAUACAGUUUCUAUUUUUUCACUUAGUAAAUUAUCAAAUUGAUCAAUAGAUCAUUUUCUUGGGACUAGAAAACAAAAAGAAAUAGAGAAAUACAUCAUAUAAUGUUGAUGACACCAAUUUCUGAAAGAUCUCUUAAUAGUGGGUCUAAGGCAGGGGUCGCCAACCUUUUGGA